UUCUUGCACACAUAUUUAGCAAAAAAAAAAAUUUUUUGGAAAAACCUGUGUUUUGUUUGCAAUUGUUUGAUAUCCAUGAGAGCAGAGUAUUUGUGUGAUUUUUUUUUAACAAAAGAUUAAAAGGUUAAACAACAAAGACAAUUUUCACAGCCUUCUUUGCUCAUAUUUACAAAGGGUGCCAAUAAUAGUGGAGGGCACUUUAAAUUUGUCCUCAAAGAUACAAUAGUAUACCUUAAAUACAUUCCCAUUUCACUUUCCCAUGUUCUCUAAUAGGUACAAAAGACUCUUAAGGGAUCAUCCCAGUCCAUGCAUUUGUACCUUGAAAGCCUAUUUUUGGCAUUUUAUAUUUAUACGAAUGUAUUAUAACAUAUGAACAUUUUCAUAGUUUAAUAUCAAAAGUGUUAAUGGACUCUGUUUACAUAGCCUAUAACAGUUCUGAGAGUUGCAAGUUCUGUCAGACAUGAUACCAGAAACUGACAAGGCCUGUGGGAAAAUGCCAGCAGCAGUGUCACAGUAGAUGCAAAUACAGUUUUAAUAUUAUAAUUGAAUUCAUGUACCUAACCCUGCCAUCUGUUCAUGCAAAUUGUUUAAUGAGAAGUGUCAUGAACAAACCUACAGACUGUAACUGAUUAAGUUUUAUGCCCUUCAGAAGUGCAUGGAGUCAUUAACAGCAUACUUUAAAUACUGUCAGCACAAUGUCCUUAACAGUAUCUCACUUUAUUGUUCUGCAAAGACUACUCCGAGCAUUCAGUUAUCAGUUAUUGUGGGAACAAUUUGUCACAAAUUCAGCUGACAUCUUUAAAAUUGCUACUCAUUUUUGAUGGAUGUGUGAUAUGAACAGGAAUGUUUGUCCCGAACCACACACGUUAUGCUUAUGGAAAGGUUUCUCUCUUUUUUUUUUGGAUAGGUACAGUUUCUAAAGGGGUUCUACAUGGAACCCUCUCUCACACUGAAACACUAUUUUGUAUACGGAUUUACACAAUGCCUUUAAGGGUUAACCCACAGGAAGAAACCAAAGAACCCUUCUUUUUUUUUUUUUUUAUAGAUGAAGACUGAAAUAGUAAGCUGAUACAGGUUACCAUAGUUACCAAACACUUUUAUAUAAAGUAGCUUCUCAAGGGUACUGAUGGUUAAUGACUCUAAUGUUAUAAAGGAUUUUACAUGGAACACAUUCUGAAAGGGAAACCCUCUACAUACACCAAACCCAGGUUGGUUUCCUCAGGAGGAUUAAAUAAAGACCCCUUUAAUUAACUGUUUUUAGAUUUCUAGAGUGUAGAUUUCUAAAGGAUUUUUUUUUUAAUAGAACUUUUAAGGGUUCCCAAGAGAGACCCCAGAUUGCUAGAUGGAACCUUUUUUUCCUUUUUAAAUAUACUUUAUUGAGAUUUUUUCCCAAGUAUAUUAUAGGUAGUGUGUAGGUAGUGUGCUGUUUGCGAGCGACUCAGUAUUCAGUACGUUGCCGUAUUCUGUAGCUAUAAAUCUUUCAAUGGCAGGUGCAUUGUCCAAUAAGCUGUGGAUACUGCUUCUCUUAGACUCCGCCCCCGAUAUAAAUUUCCCCUUCUCGGGCUUCGUGCUUGCAUUCUGAAGAGGAUAAGGAAGUCCAAGGUGAUUGUGGGUGAACGGAGAUUUUUUUUCCUCCCCGCUGCUAGCAAAGCUAAAUCUGAAGAUGGAAGAAAUGGAAGAGGAGCUCAAGUGCCCGGUGUGUGGCUCUUUUUUCCGAGAGCCGAUCAUCUUACCGUGCUCGCACAACAUUUGCCUGGCCUGCGCUCGGAACAUCUUGGUGCAAACGCCGGACGCGGAGUCUCCACAGGGCGGCCGCGCCUCCGGCUCAGCGCCGUCCGAUUAUGACUACCUGGACCUGGAUAAGAUGAGUCUGUACAGUGAGUCGGACAGCGGCUACGGUUCUUACGGCGGCUUCGCGAGCGCACCCACCACCCCUUGCCAGAAGUCACCUAAUGGAGUGCGUGUGUUCCCUCCCGCUGCCGUUCCCCCGCCGCAACCUCAGCACCAGCUGCUCCCGCAGCCCAUGGGCACACCGCCGAUUCCGCGCAACGCCUGUCUGACGUGCCCGCAAUGCCACCGCAGCCUGACCCUUGACGAGCGCGGCCUGCGCGGCUUCCCCAAAAACCGGGUGCUCGAAGCCGUUGUGGACCGCUACCAACAGAGCAAAGCGGCAGCUCUGCGCUGUCAGCUGUGCGAGAAAAGCCCACGGGAAGCCACAGCCAUGUGCGAGCAGUGCGACGUGUUUUACUGCGACCCGUGCCGCCUGCGCUGCCACCCGCCGCGAGGUCCGCUCGCCAAACACCGCCUCGUUCCUCCCGCGCAGGGACGCAUCAGCCGGCGCGCCAGCCCGCGCAAGACUUCCACCUGCACCGAGCACGAACUGGAGAACCUCAGCAUGUACUGUGUGCAGUGCAAGACACCUGUGUGCUACCAGUGCCUCGAGGAAGGCAAGCAUUCCGCUCAUGAGGUCAAGGCACUCGGGGCCAUGUGGAAGCUGCACAAGGGGCAGCUUUCUCAGGAAUUGAACAUCCUGUCUGAUCGAGCUACUGAGGCCAAAGAGUUUCUUGUUCAGCUCAGAAACAUGGUGCAGCACAUACAGGAGAAUGGAGUUGAAUUUGAAGCGUGCUUGGUGGCUCAGUGUGACGCGCUGAUUGAUGCUCUGAACCGCCGGAAAGCUCAGUUACUGGCCAGAGUGACCAAAGAGCACGAGCACAAACUCAUGGUGGUACGUGAUCAGAUUUCUCACUGCACGGUGAAGUUGCGGCAGACGACGGGGCUGAUGGAAUAUUGUCUUGAGGUCAUCAAAGAAAAUGACCCCAGCGGCUUCCUGCAGAUCUCUGAUGCACUGAUUCGUAGGGUGCAUAUGAUUGAGAGUCAGUGGGGUAAGGGGACACUCACGCCACGUAUGACCAGCGAUUUUGACCUGACACUGGACAGCAGCCCAUUACUACAAACCAUCCACCAGCUUGACUUCGUACAGAUGAAAGGUAUCAGUUAUCAUAUAGUAUCAGUGUGUGUGUGUGUGUGUGUGUGUGUGUGUGUGUGUGUGUGUGUGCUUAUAUCUUUGAGUGUGGGGAUGUAUAUGUGUGUACUGAUAAAUGUGUGUGUGUGUGUGUGUGUGUGUGUGUGUGUGCGUGCAGUUCCAGCAGCUCCAAUCCUGCAGCUGGAGGAGUGUUGUAGUCAGACGAAUAGUGCCACUCUGUCUUGGAAACAGCCUCCUCUCUCCACCAUCGUUGUGGAAGGCUACAUACUAGAGCUGGAUGAUGGCAGUGGAGGGCAAUUCAGAGAAGUGUACGUUGGCCCGGAGACAAUCUGCACAGUGGACGGCCUUCACUUCAAUAGCACGUAUAAAUCUCGUGUUAAAGCCUUUAACUCCAGCGGAGUGGGGCAGUACAGCAAAACACUCGUCAUGCAGACCUCUGAGACUGGACUUGCCUCAUGUGAUAUUAACACUCUAGCUACAGUUGCCUGGUUUACCUUUGACCCUGCGUCAGCCCAUCCAGACAUCAUACUGUCUAAUGACAACCUCACAGUCACGUGUAACAGUUACGAUGAUCGUGUUGUCAUGGGCAACACACCCUUCUCCCGUGGGGUGCAUUACUGGGAAAUGACCAUAGAUCGCUAUGACAAUCACCCAGACCCUGCAUUUGGGAUUGCCCGAGGUGAUGUGCUGAAAGACGUAAUGUUGGGAAAGGAUGAUAAAGCCUGGGCCAUGUAUGUGGACAACAACCGCUCCUGGUUCAUGCACAACAACUCCCAUACCAACAGCAUAUGUCUGGUCAUUUUUACAAAUGUUCUACACAAAAUCCCAAAAACGGAUGGAGGGAUUGGUAAGGGAGCGACAAUAGGAGUUCUGUUGGAUUUCACCCGGGGGAUUCUGUUGUUUCUUAUCAAUGAUGAGCAACAAGGUCCUGUGGCUUUCGACUCCUUGGAAGGCCUUUACUACCCUGCCAUCAGCCUCAACCGCAACGUUCAGGUGACUCUUCACACUGGACUGCCCAUUCCAGACUUCUACACACUAGGAGAGUCGGACCCUUCAGGCUCCGUAUGCUGAAGACCGACAUAACACACACACACACACACACACACACACACACACACACACACACACAUUGAUGGAUAAAAAUUAUACUGAUAUUCAGUUCUCAGUUGUUUAUGUGAAAUUCUGGGUUGGUUUAAGACUUCAGUGCUUUUUAAGAAGCUUAGCUGCUAGUUACAGCCGUUCAAAUUAAAUUACUUUAUUUUAUGGCAAACGGAGGCAGCAGGAGAGCAGAAUACUACUGUACACUUCCAUUUGUAAUCUUAAAAAGCCACAGAGUUUAGGUGUAGUUUAGAGAAAACACUGAUUAAAAAAUGUUAAAAUUGAAAAAUGUUCUCCCUCCCACAAAACACUGCCAUUAUGCUACCAAGUUCAGGCUUGCCUCUCAUUACUCCUCUAAUCUACUUCAUUUAAUCAUCGAUUGCUUGAUCAGAUAGAAGAGGAAAAUCAGCAUGGUGUCAUGCGUGCAAAUUCAUAACGAUAUGCACAACUCAAUUUAUAUGAAAGGGAACAGUGAGUAGCAUUUCCACUUUGUAGCUCCAGUGUCCCUGGUUCGAACCUGAGCUCGGGUUACUGUCUGUGUGGAGUUUCGUAUGUUCUGAGGUUUCCUGCACCUCCCCAAAACAUGCCAGUAGGUAGAUUGGCUACUCUAAAUUACCCAAGGUAUAUGUACAUCCAUCCACGGAAUAUAUAUUUCUGGCUCGUUCCUGGGAGAUACACCAUGGCCCACGGUUACUGAAGAUGAAUGAAUUAAUGAAUUUAUAUGAAAACUUGCAACUGCCCCCUGCUGGUCAAGGUUAGAGUUUGUAGCAUUUCUACAUUUUCUUAUAACUUCAUUAAUAUGAUCAUCACCUUCACUUCAAAUCUGUAAAAAAAAUUAAAAAAAUCCAGGUUCAAAAGAUUUUUAUUUUAGACAUAACAGCCCAAAUAUUGUGAUAACUAAUGACAACCAAGAGUUAUUCGUUAUGUUUAUUAUUAUUAUUAUUAUGAUUAUUAUUAUUAUUAUUAUU